GCGCGUGAGAGAGAAUCGCUCGUCUCCGAAAGGCCGGCCGGCGCGCACGCGCAGUUGGCCCGGCGCCCUCCCAUGCUCUGUGUUUACAUUCGAGGGCUGCCCGGGCGGGCGAGGGGGCGAUACUUCCGGCCCUCAGGUGGCCGCGUGCCUUUCCCUUGACGUCUGAGGGUUUUAGGUAUCGGUCAUGUGACAGUCGGGGUCGCCAUGUCUGCUUUGUGUCCUCCUCCUUCUCCUGCUGUUGCCAAGACUGAGAUUGCCUUGAGUGGAGAGUCCCCAUUGCUGGCUGCUACUUUUGCCUACUGGGACAAUAUUCUUGGUCCCAGAGUCAGGCACAUCUGGGCCCCCAAAACAGACCAGCAGCUUCUCAGUGAUGGAGAAAUAACAUUUCUUGCAAACCAUACUCUGAAUGGGGAAAUACUUCGUAAUGCAGAAAGUGGUGCAAUCGAUGUGAAGUUUUUUGUUUUGUCUGAGAAAGGAGUCAUUAUCGUAUCCUUAAUUUUUGAUGGGAAUUGGAACGGGGACAGAAGUACGUAUGGACUAUCGAUAAUCCUUCCGCAAAGUGAGCUUGGCUUCUACCUUCCCCUUCACAGAGUAUGUGUCGACAGGCUGACACAUAUUAUAAGAAAAGGACGGAUAUGGAUGCAUAAGGAAAGGCAAGAACACAUUCAGAAGGCUGUCCUGGAGGGCACAGAGAGAAUGGAAGACCAGGGCCAGAGCAUCAUUCCAAUGCUGACAGGGGAAGUUAUUCCUGUAAUGGAGCUCCUUUCAUCUAUGAAAUCACACAGCGUGCCAGAAGAAAUAGAUAUAAGUGACACGGUGCUUAGCGAUGAUGACAUUGGAGACAGCUGUCACGAAGGUUUCCUCCUUAAAGCCAUCAGUUCACAUUUGCAGACCUGUGGCUGCUCGGUAGUUAUAGGAAGCAGUGCAGAAAAAGUUAACAAAAUAGUACGGACGCUGUGCCUCUUUCUUACUUCAGCAGAGCAAAAGUGUUCUAGGCUGUGUAGAAAUGAAACUUCCUUUAAGUAUGAAUCGGGGCUUUUUGUGCAAGGAUUACUGAAGGAUGGCACUGGAAGUUUUACGUUGCCUUUCCGUCAAGUGAUGUAUGCUCCGUAUCCUACUACACACAUUGAUGUAGAUAUCAACACCGUGAAACAGAUGCCUCCUUGCCAUGAACAUAUCUAUAACCAGCGGCGGUACAUGAGAUCAGAGCUAACAGCUUUCUGGAGAGCCACUUCAGAUGAAGAGAUGGCUCAGGAUACCAUUAUCCAUACGGACGAGAGCUUCACCCCUGAUCUAUCACAUAUAAGAACAGUGGGACUUCUGGGUUUUCGAAUGCUGAACGUUUUCCAAGAUGUCCUUCACCAAGACACUUUAGUAAAAGCCUUUCUGGAUCAGGUCUUUCAUUUGAAACCUGGAUUGUCCCUGAGGCGUGUGUUCCUCGCACAGUUCUUGUUAAUCCUUCACCGAAAAGCCUUAACCCUAAUCAAAUAUAUAGAAGACGAUACGCAAAAAGGCAAGAAGCCUUUUAAAUCGCUCCGUAGCUUGAAGAUAGACCUGGACUUGAGGGCAGAGGGGGACCUUAACAUAAUAAUGGCCUUAGCUGAGAAGAUCAAGCCCGGAUUGCAUUCAUUUCUGUUUGGCCGCUCAUUCUACACUAGCGUGCAAGAGCACGACGUUCUAAUGACGUUUUAAAGGUUUAUUCAUUUUUAUGUGGGUUGGUAUCUCUUCACAAUGCUUCUCAAAGGUAUUGUUUAAAGGGAAUGUAGCAUUUCUCUUCACAAACACGUGUUGUGGUCCGCUGCAACAGAAUGUGUGGUUUACACUACAACGGUCUUCUUCCCCAGCAAAGUGCCGUCCAGCUGUUGUUGUUGGACUCAAACUACCAUCAGUCCCACCCAACAUGGCCUGUGGUCAGGGAUGAUGCGAGUUGUAGUCCGCCAAUGUUUGGAGGGUAUCAUUGCGGGGAAGACUGCAGGAAAAGUCAGAGAGGAUGCUGUUUAGACCUGCACAGCCCAGGCAGGGUGAGAUUUCUCACUUGCCUUCUGAGCACCAUGUGCCACUGCUGAUUCCUGAGAGGGGAAAGAAGAAGACGCAGGAAGCUCAGUGUGGUUUGGGCUUGGUAGUAGGAGUGUUGGGUUGGUUCUGCCACCAUGCCACUUUGCUCCCUGUGCCUCUCCCUCUCGGGAGCUGGCACCAACAUUCUGUGUUUGGAAAGCAGGUGAACAGCCCUUUGCCACCCCACCCGUUGCUACUGCGAAUCGAAUCAGUUCAACCUAGGCAUGCACCAGAUGUUCCAUUUUGAUUACAGGGAGAGUAAACAUUGGUGUGGCUUGUUUAAAGGUUAACUUAAUGGCAUUUUCGAAACCACAAAGUUGAGGACAGCUUUUAAUGGGUUUUUUAAAGAGGAUAUUGGUUUAUAAUUUUUCUCUGUGUGUGUGGUAUUGGGAGACACGUUCCAUUUCCUCCUUUCCGUUCAGGGACUGUUGAUUGCAAAACAAAUGGUCAAACGUAAUUUUAGGACUAUCGCUUCCAGUGUGUUUGGUAAUAUGAACAGUGCCACCUGUUUUUUCUCCCUGCCCCCCCCCCUUUACAUAUCCUUCAAAAGCCAGCAGAAACUUAAACACUUCAACACAGGCAUGGAACAGGCAAUGAGGCAGUACUUUCAGAUGGUGUCAUCAAAAGUGCCAAGCAAGUGCCAAGCAAGACUAUUCUGUUGCUAAUUAUGUCACCCAUCAUGCAUGUUGCACUGUGUUUUGUCAGACAUAGGUGCAAGUCAGAGUGCAAAUUAGGAAAGGUAUGUUUUAUGCUGAUAGCAAUUGCCAAGCUUUUUCUGAUGAGCUACUGAGUGAAAGCCAUAUAAAAAUCUCCUGGAUCUCCAAUGCGUCUGAGCAGUUUGGGAUGAGGGGACUGGUUAGAGACAAACUUGGUUGGUACCACAACUGAAAUAAGGGUAGUAGUGGCAAACGUCUACUUUUCCUCUUCAACUCUAGCAUAUUUACCUCUCACCUCUCAGCUUCUUCUAAACCGAAAAAAGAUAAACAUGUAUUUGCCUGUUUUCCACUGCCUUUCAUACCUUUAUAAUAUGGUAUAUUUAUAAUGGCUUUAAUGUACAUGUUUUGCAAAAUGCAAAGAGCUGCCAUAAAAGUGCAUGUCAUGUACUUCAAAGGGUUUUAAAUGCAUGCUGCUGUUUUUUAAUUUCAUUUUUUAAUUGUUUGCCAGGUUGGGGUUGUUCCAAUACGCUAAUACGUUUCUUUAAGUGCAAUAUUUUGUGUUCGUGAUUAGGGAAAACUUACUGUCAGAAAGACAUCUCUAAGCUGUUAUUGAGCAUUCCUUGUUAUGAAUUCUUAUUUUCUUGGAAACCUGUUCUCCCUUCUCAUCUGAUGGCUGUUGCCCACAUGUGAUGGUGAUGGCUCAGAUAAAGGGUAUCUGAUUUAACUUUUGCAUCUUGGGAAGUUGUGAUUGCCAAACUUUCCCCUGUAGGAAAAUGAGCAAGGUGCAGUAUCUUAUGUGAAGCUAACUGCAUACAACAGACACUCACCAAUCAUUGGCUUAUUACAGCCAGUAAUUUAAUUUGUAAAGAUGUGAAGUUGCCAUGUCAAAAGACUAAAUUUUAUUGUGGAGGUGUGGGGCCUGACAAAGCAGCUUCUACUCUUUGAAACGACUGGGAUGAGGGCAGUAGAAGCUAGGCAGGAAUGAGAAAUGCCUCUUAGCUUAGCUCAGUGUAGGUAGCAUCCCAGUGAAUGGCCUGAGCACAACUCUGGUAGCCUGUCAACAGCUCUACUGUUGAGAUUAAAAGUCCUGUGCAGCCAUAACAAGAAGACAGACAACUGACAUUUUUCUGUCUUAGGGUUAGUGAUAAAUUUAGAGGGAAUACUGUCAGACCAUGAAGAUAAUUGUGUUCUUUUCCAUAACUUAUUUUACAGAGUAAUAGUCCUAGGUGUUGGUUUAAAAGCAGCUUAAAGAUUUGAAACUAAUAUAGUAUCCAUUUACCUGGGCUUUUCUGUAUUUUCAUGCUGCUACGUCUGUGGAUUGCAAGGUGCUUGAAAAAGAUCAGUAGGAGAAUUAUUGCUGAUAUAAUCUAGUAAUGGGACAAAUUCCAUUUGCCAUUUUCAAAAAUGCAUACUAGGGAUAGCAAGCUAUAUUUUAAUGUUGUUGUUGAAGUGGAUUUAGCAUUCUGCUGAAUAAAUACAGGAGACAUUGCCACACAGAGAACACAUUAUUGAACCAUAUGCCUAAUUGUAGAUCGAUGCAUUUUUGGCAAAUAAAACUGGCACUACCAAAAAGACAUCUCUGUUGCCUGAAAUAUAUCCUAUUGUCAUAUUUUCACUAUGAAAUGUCUAAACGCUAGUAAUUUGCUCUGAUUUUUUGGUGCACUUUCCCCAUGCAUGUACUGUACAUUAUAAUAAAACGGAUAAAUACCUCCAUAA